CCUUCAUGUACGGAAGGAACAGGGGCGGGUAGGAGGGGCACAACAGGGGCGCAUGCGACGAGAGACUUUGCGAUGAUGACAGGGAGGAGCAGCAGAUGGCUGUGUGUCCGCAUCCAUGAAGCCUUCUCGCAUCCUUCCUGCCCGCAAGCUUGUAAGUUGGCGAAGAAGGAGCUCUGGGCUAACAGAGGCUUCAGUGUCGGUAGCGACCGGGAGGAGACGACCGAUCUACAUGACAGAAACAUAGCUGGAUGGCGACGAGGACAGCAGGAAGUUCCACCGGCACUGCCUGAAAGACAAUGGCGGGAGCUCGUGACUUCGACGUACAAAACAACGUCUUGCGUAGAGAGCGAAGAUGAGAAAUCUAUGCACGUUCUCCGUAAGAGAUUGAUGCACGCUUGCAAAAAUCGCGGAUGGGCCGAAAUGAGCAAACUUUGUCACGAGUUCGCACAAGGUCUGGAUGAUUUAAAGGAUCUGAGCUUGGAAGAUCUCAAGCAGCUGGAAAGGAUUCUUCUCGCUGACGACUUGUUCCUGAUGGCCCUUGUAACGGGCAAGAAAGAAGUACCCGAGGAGUUCGAGGGCAAAGUGAUGAGCAUGUUGAUAAGCUUUGCUCAACCGAAAACACAAAACUGAAGGACCUUCUAGAUGCUUGGGUCCUUUUCUUCACCCCCCUCUAUUGCAUGCCCUCAAACUUGAUUCGCUUCUGGCAUCUG